UUUGUCUGUGAUGGACAGAAAAUAAAGGAGGGGGAGCGCAGGAAAGAGGAUGUUGGGGAAAUCGAGGAAAAGACCCGAAGGGCUUUGAGAAGAGAUUUGGACCCAAUGACAGCAAUGAAGUUGAUAGACAGCCUUCAAUGGCUGGGAGUUGCGUAUCACUAUGAAGAAGACAUAGAUUUCUGGUUAGGAAAAUUGUCGGAAUGGGAUGCUUGUGAAGAUCUGAAUGCCACAGCUUUACGUUUCCGGCUGCUUAGGCAAAAUGGAAGGCCAGUUUGCUCAGAUGUUUUCCAGAAAUUCACGACUGUCGGAAACCGGAAGUUCCGGAAGAGCUUCAACGAAGACAAGGAGGGGCUGUGGAAUUUGUACGAAGCAUCAUAUUUAGGUGCAAAGGGGGAGGACAUAUUAUCAGAGGCAAUGAGGUUUUCAGAAACUGAACUGAGACUAAGUGUUGGGGGCACAUUACCGCAAUAUCUCUCAGGACGUGUUAGACGAGCUCUGGAGCUGCCCAGGCACCUCCGAAUGGAAAGGCUGGAGAACAGAUUGUACAUUCAUGACUACAGCAAGCAGAUCUACCACAACCCUCUUCUGCUGGAGCAUGCCAUAUCUGAUUACAACCAAAUUCAGCUGUUGUACCAAGCGGAGCUUGCUGAGAUAUCAAGGUGGUGGAAGCAAUUGGGGCUGGUUGAAAAACUGAGUUUUGCGAGGGAUCGUCCCAUGGAAUGCUUUCUGUGGACUGUCGGAAUUCUUCCAGAGCCAAAGUACUCGGGCGUCCGCAUAGAACUAGCAAAAACCAUAGCCAUUUUAUUAGUCAUUGAUGACAUUUUCGACGCGUAUGGAACGAUAGAUGAACUUUCCCUCUUCACGCAUGCAAUUCAGAGAUGGGAUAUGGAAGCAAUUGAAGGACUCCCCGAGUACAUGAAAAUAUGCUACAUGGCGUUGUACAACACUACCAACGAAAUUGCCUACAAAGUUCUCAAAGACCAAGGCAGAAACGUUCUCCCUUUCCUUGCUACAACGUGGAUCGACACAAUUGAAGCGUUCAUGACUGAAGCACAGUGGUUCAGCAAUGGAUGCAUUCCUUGCGUUGAAGAUUACCUGGAAAAUGGAGUAACGACAUCAGGGGCAUACAUGGCCUUAGUUCAUGCAUUCUUCUUGAUGGGACAAGGACUCACCCCUCAAAACAUCAGCCUAAUGUCCAAACCAUAUCCCAAACUCUUUUCAAAUGCUGGAAGGAUUCUUCGACUUUGGGAUGAUCUUGGUACAUCGAAGGAAGAAGAAGCUCGAGGAGAUAAUGCAUCAAUCAUGACAUUGCUGAUGAAGGAGAAGAAUAUGGGGUCUGUAGUUGAAGCUGGAGAAUACAUAUUGAUGCAACUGAUUCCUAGUUUGUGGAAAGAUCUGAAUGUGGAGCCUUUGAGUUCAGACACAUUGCCCUUAACCCUAAUCAGGGCCUGCUUCAAUAUGUCCAGAACAGCUCAAGUUAUUUAUCAGCAUCAAGAAGACAGCUACCUUUCUAGUGUGGAUAAAUUUGUCGACUUCAUACUUUGGGAGCCUAUUUGCAAUUCAGAAUUGAUGUUAUCUUAAAUGUAUUGUGAUCAGUUUAGUAUAGAUAUGUUAAUUAAUUAAUUAUUUUUCCUUUUACUAAUAAAUAAAUAUUUAUGUAUACGUUUGAUUUCUCUGAGUUUCUUUCCUCUUUCGUU